AUGACUGACACAGAAGCACUAAACAUAGAAGAGAAACGAGCCGAUUUAGACUCGUCUCCCGCAACGAUUGACGUUACGCCUAUUGAUCAUACAAAGUCUGAUCCGUCGUUUUUGUUAACUGAGAAAGAGACGGUUGUCGAAAAGACUGACUUGACUGAUAAUGAUGAAAUAUUGGCAAGGCUAAUCCAAAUGGGAUUUGAUUUUACUGCUGCCGAGCUUGCUGUUAGAAAGACGAAAGAUGGUGGAUUCAAUGCUGCUCUGCAGUUUGUAAUAAAGCAACAAAAUGGUGUAGUAGACAAUAAGCAUAGCGAGAAAGACGAAAAGGAUCCGAACCAAGCGACUUUUAUCCUAAAAUCAACACCUACUUCUCGACAACCAUUUCGUCCAAAACAUCAACACCCGAGUCUCAUGGUUCAGCCAAAGAAGGGCAUUCUAAAACCACCAAGUCAGCCAACAAACCGGCCGUUAUGGAAACGUGACUGGCUUUCUACGAUCAACACGCGUAUUCAAAAUGCUGCUGCAGCGUCUUCGACGAAUACAUCAACGUCUUCGUUUUUUGCUAGUGCAUUGAAAAAGCUUAAUAAUGUCGCAACAGUGCAAGAACAAGCUCGACCUGAUAAGAGUGAAUCUGUGAGUCUUCAACAGCGUUAUAAUAGUUCUAGUAGUUCUCUCGACGCUCUCGAUAGUGACGAUCAGAAACGUUUAUCAUCAGCAUCAUUGAAGCGA